UGCCGUUGCCUCCUUGACCCCAUUCCAUCUUCUCCCUCGCCGCCGCGCCUGCCCACCGCCGCCGCCGCCGUCGCCAUGCCCAGGCCAUCCUCCACGUCCCAGCCCAGGAGGGCCUCCCCGUCGCCCACCCCAUCCCCAGCCACCGCGCCCAAGCCCAACAAGAACCUCGGCAGCGCGCAGCGCCGCCGCAGCCCGCUGUCGGACCUCAACUCCGGGGACGCCUCCGCCGCGCGGGCCGGCUGCUUCCGCUUCCUCCUCUCCUCCGCCUCGGCCUCCAAGUCCAGAUGCCCCUCCACCCCGCGGACCCCCGCGUCCGGCCCGCCACGGCCCCGCCCGGAGACCACGCGGCGGGUUAACCGUCUGCCAGAUCAAGAAUCGAGAACCAAGACGGAGCAGUGGCCCAGAAGUCGAAGGGAGGACCCGAUCGGCGGCCAGAUCAGGAGGGUCGAGCCCACCACCAAGAAGAAGGGGCUGGCGAGGAGGGGCCAGCAGCAGCUGGAGGCCCUGACGCCGGAGAGGAAGGCGGACGCGGGGGGCACGCCGUCGUCCUCCGCGACGCCGCCGGUCCACGCGUCGAUCUCGCCCGAGGUGCUGGCGGGCGGGGCGGCGACGCCGGCGUGCUUCGCGGCCGGCCACCACGUCGUGCCGGGCGUCCGCGACCGGCGCAAGCGCCGCGCGAGGGGCAUCCUCGACAUCGCCGGGGAGGGUACGAGCACGAGCUCGGAGCUCGGCUCCGACCCGUCCCGGGCGUCGAUCCACUGGCUCUCGUCCUCCCAGCUGGGCGAGGCCGUGACCCGUUCGACGAAUUGCGCAAAGGAGGCGUCCGCCAUCUGGCUCGCAUCUCCCCGUGAUGAAGGUCUGCUCGACGACGAGAUCUUCCUGCCCAGAUGCUCGUCGGAGGACGCGUUCUGGCGGCUGUCCCCUGACUACACAGGGUUGCUGGGCUCGCCGGUGCUCGGAGGUCUACUGGAUUUCGACACGCCGGGGUCGGAAACCACACCGUCAUCGGGAUUUCUUCCUGUGGAGAAGACGCCGAGCACCGGUGACAGCAUUAGCCCCUUCUCGCUUAUUGUGAAGAGGGCAUCGUCGCAAUCGUCCAGACUGAGUUCUUUGUGUGCCCAGCAACGACUUGGCAGCUAUUGCUGCGAUUCGGCAGCGGAUCCGACUCCAAUUUCUAGAGAGUCGUGGCCUGAAAAUGCAAGCACUGGCAAGUGCUCGGGGUUAGCAAGGGUUAGCAGUCGCCUUGUGGCGAGGAUGGAUCCAGUGGUAGAAUGCGUGGAGAUGAUGACUUUGUCCCCCAGGCCCGGGGAUGCUGAUUAUGAUGGAAAUGAAGCUCUGCCUGCUCAGAUCAGCUUCCAGUUUGCCGGUGCGCCAACACCUCUGGAAUCCAUAGACCUGAGCUCUUUUAAGAGAUCUCCUUGUGAGAUAGAAUUGAAGGGGAAGGAGGUGAGUUUUCGGAAGCCAGUCUCAUCGACUGAGACUCGGAUCUCUUGGCGGGAAGGGCUAGUUAGCAGAAUGUUUGAUAUGGGUGACUUGGACUGCUGCAGAUGGUUUUCUGAUGACGAAGACGGACCAGUUCUCCUGGGCAAUGCCGAGGCGUUGCCUGAUACAUUGCCUGAUACCACAUUUCAGCAUAUUAGUGCUUCCUGCCAGCAAGAGGAUGGCGAGCGAUCAGGCUUCGGUUCUGUUGAGUUCAGUAGCAAUGGUGGUGGAGAACUAAAUUAUGACAGUAAGGCUACUCCGAACCCUGUUCAAGUUGCAGAGUCUAUGAGAGCAGAAGGAUUCGAGCUCGUCUCGUCCGAUGACUCGGACUGCUGGACUCUCUUGUACAAGAAUGGCUUGUUCGAAACAUGAGGAGGAUGGCGACCGAUCCAGCUUUGACUCUGUUGAGUUGAGCUACAAUGGUGGUGGUGAACUUAAUUAUGACAGUUAGACAGUAAGGCUCUACCAAACCCUGUUCAAGUUGCGGAGUCUAUGAGACCAGAGGAUCCGAGCUCUUCUUGUCCGGCGACUCAGACUUCUGGACUCUCUUGUCCAAGAAUGGCUUUGUUUGAAACAUGAGGCAAAAGAAUGGCUUGUUCAGGUGUUGUGUUCUUUCAGGAGAAGCAUUUCAAGCACAGGUUUCUGGGAUCUUGUGUUUACCCCAGCCUUGUACUUAUUUCUAGAGUUGAGUCUCUCUUUAUGUUUUUCAGUGGUACAUGUAAAUAUAUUGUGCUCUAUCAGGAGAAGCAUUUCAAGCACAGGUUUGUGGGAUGUUGUGUUUGC